GAAUUUUAUAUUGUGUGGCCUGCUUAAAAUUGACAAGUUGAAAGUGACAGAACAAUUAUUGAUCAUUUCUUUUAUCAUUUCCCUUCAUCUUCUUCCCACUUCUCUUGCUGCUGGUUCUUCACAACAUUAUUUUUGCUCUGCUAACAUUUCUACAAAUUCCUAGUAAUUUUUUAUUCCACUUCAUUACAGCUUCCACUUGGUGUUUCAUUAGUGGUCUUCUUCAGCUAGUGGCUGGGUCAAUUUAAGCACAACUUAGAAUAAUCUCAUACAAACUAAAAAAUCAAUCUGCGGGAGGGAAGAAGAGGAAAUGGCUCAUGCUGCUGUCGUAUCUCUUCAACAAAAACUGCAGGAAAUGCUGGAAGGUGACAAUUCUUGUUACCGUGAAAUACGUCAAGCAGUCAGUUCCUGGCAUGCUUUUUUGGAGGACUCUUUGUCGGUUACAAGUGCUCCAGAAGCAGUGGAUUAUUUGGAAAAGCGGCUUAAAUAUUUGGCAACUCGACUUCUAGAUAGUAUCAACUUAUAUGAAUUGAAAAGGAGAUCAGGUUGCUAUCCACAAAGUUGGAAAGUGUUCCAGGGAGAGUUCAUGACAGCAGGUUCCGAUAGCAUAAACGAAUAUUUGAAGAAGGUUAUGAAUGCUCGGAAUGAUAUUGAUUCUCUGCCAAUAUCGGAUACUGUGGAGAGUAAUUCAGAAUACAGUCCCAAUCUCCAAGCUACUGUGCUAGAACUUGAUGAUGACUUAAUGACCAUUAAAUCUCGACUUAUAGGACCUCCUUCAAAGCUAGAUGUCAUCUCAAUUGUUGGCAUGGGAGGAAUUGGCAAAACGACUCUUGCUAGACAAGUUUAUGAUGAUAUUUACAUGGAGCAUCACUUCUACAUUCGCGCUUGGAUUACCGUAUCUCAAAUGCAUCAACAUAGAGAAAUGUUGUUGGGCAUUUUGCGGUGUUUUUCACUUGUCAAUGACAACACCUACCUAAAGAGUACUGAGCAAUUAGCCGAGCAAGUUUAUAGAAGUUUGAAGGGAAGGAGAUAUCUCAUUGCAAUGGAUGAUGUGUGGGACACCAGUGCAUGGGAUGUUGUGAAAAGAUCUUUUCCAGAUGAUAAAAAUGGAAGCCGUGUCAUACUUACUAGUCGGAUAGCAAAUGUGGGUAUCUAUGCUAGCUCAGGCAGCCCUCAUUAUAUGCAGUGCUUAAGUGUGGAAGAGAGCUUGAAGUUGUUCAACUUAAAGGCAUUUGGAAGGGAGACUUGCCCCCUUGAGCUGGAGAAAGCUACAAAGCAAAUAGUCGAGAAAUGUCAAGGACUACCACUAGCAAUCGUUGUGGUGGCUGGAUUUUGUUCCAAGAUAAGCAAGACAGAAAACUGUUGGGAAGAUGUAGCACAUAAAAUUGGUAUGGUUGUGAGUAGGGGCACAGAAGAAUGCCUGGACUUGCUCACCUUGAGUUAUAACCAUUUGCCACAUCACCUGAAGCCAUGCUUCCUGUAUAUGGGAGCUUUUCCAAAAGACUUUGAGAUUAGUGUUUCAAGACUAAUCAAGCUAUGGAUUGCUGCGGAAUAUGUAAGAUGCAAACCUGAAAAGGACUUCGAAGAAGUUGCUGAUGGAUACCUAAGAGAUCUUAUAGAUAGAAGUCUAAUUAUGGUUAAGAGAAGGACCUCAAGUGGCAAGGUCAAAACAUGCGAGGUUCAUGAUCUACUGCAUGAUUUAAUCCUAAGAGUAGCAUGGAAAGAGAGAUCGAUCUACUUUGCUAAAUCUAAUGUGAUUGUUUCUCAACCAGUGGCAUCUUUUGAACAUCGCAUCAUUUUCUAUUUUACCAAUGUUUAUGAUAAAUCUUCACUUCCUCGUGCAAGUUCCUUUCUUUGUUUUGGAAGAGAUGGAACUCCUGGAUCCUGUUCUCAGGUUGAUUCGUUUCUCACCUUUACCAACUUCACAUGUUUAACAGUAUUGGAUAUGUGUUUUCAGCCAUUUGACCAUCUACCGCCAGAAAUAUGGGAAUUAUCUCAACUGAGGUAUCUUGCCCUCGCCAGUUUUAGUGUUCUCCCAUCAUCAGUUCGCAAUCUUAGGUGUCUUCAGACACUAAUUCGUUACAGUCACCAGGCUAGUAUUUGUUUGCCGGCAGAGAUAUGGGUGAUUAAACAAUUAAGGCAUCUCUAUUUCAGGAAAUGCUUCUACUUUCCUAAUGUUCAACCUAAACAAGAAAAUUAUCUGCUCAAGUUAAGUCGCUCUAAUCUUGCAUUAACCAAGCUGCAAGUCCGUUAUAAUCUGGGCGAGUGUAGUUUCUCUAGUGUUGCAUUAACCAAUCUGCAAACCCUUUCUUACAUUACCUUUGGUAGUAUUACAAGGCGCGUCUUUGAAGGCAUGCCCAACCUGAAGAAGUUAGGAAUUCGUGAAAGUGAAGAAGAAUGCCUGACUGC